GAUUGGUCCCCUCUUGACCCAAUCUUAUGUUCUAGUUGAAAACAUAGUUUUUCAAUCUUAAGUUCUAGUGGAAAACAAAGUUUUCAUUUGUUAAGGCCCUGUUUGUUUCCUUCCAGGAUUAUAUAAUCUAGCUUAUGGAUUAUAUAAGCACCUAAUGACCUGCUUAUAGAUUAUCAUAAUCUAGGUAUCUAGAUUAUAUAAUACACCUAAUAAUCUGUGUUGUUUGUUUGUCUCUUAAGUCUUAACUUAUUUAAGCUGAAUUAUAUAAUCUAGAGGGUAAACAAACAGGACCUAAGUCACUUAAGUGCCCAUCAACCUGUUUGCUGAACCAUGUCAACACUAUCUUUAUAUUCUGACCAUGUAUAACUGUCCUUUAAGUACAGGAAGAUAUCCAAGCAGACAGGGAUGAUCCAAGCCAGCCAUUGGUCACUGCUCCAUUUGGUCAUGCUUCACAGGAAAUUGUGAAUUUAUUACUCUGUGGAGAGGCUGUUCCAAAUGUAUUUGAUGGCAAGAUGGACCUUGGUGGUGGCAUGUCCUUGAAGGGCAUACCAAACAAUGUUGAAGUUGGUUUUCUUACCCUCCUGGAAUCACUAAAUCUCUGCAAGGUUGGUCAGUACUUGAAGUGCCCAAAGUGGCCGAUAUGGGUUGUGGGAAGUGAAAGUCACUACACAGUCCUUUUUGCCUUGAACCCCAACGUUCAAGAGGAGAAUGAGCUGGAAGAGCGCGAAUCAAAAAUAAGGAGGGCUUUUGAUGCCCAAGAUCAAAGUGGAGGUGGAGGCUUUAUCAGCGUUGAGGGCUUCCAACAAGUCCUCAGGGAUACUGACAUAAAUUUUCCUUCGGAUAAACUCGAGGACCUAUGUAAUGCUGGAAUUAUAGUAUGGAGUGAAUUCUGGCAAGCAUUGCUACAGUUGGAUAAAAGGGCUGGAGGCAUGAAGGAUCCAACUGGUCUUAUGGGCAAGAAGCAAUUCACCAUCUUCCACUUCAAUGGAAUUGCCAAGUCUGUGCUGAAUGGGAAUGCGAGUGCAGGUGGUUCAUGUCCUAUACAGAGACCCAGGUUAUGCAAGCUAAAUGUCACUGUCCCCCCAAGGUGGACUCAAGAUGAGUAUCUGGCUGAUGUUGUAAGCGCAUCAACCAGCAGCAGCAAGGACGACAGUAUUCUUUCUCUAGCUCCCCCAGGUCAGACUAAUCAGCACGCACCAUUGGUGGACUGCAUUAGGACACGGUGGCCACGAGCUGUUUGUAGCUGGGUUGGAGAUGUUCCAAGCAUUGUCUGACACAGUGGAUGUCGUGUGCGCACUAGUCGCUCUAGCUAUGUUGCUCGUAACCUCGUUCUGAAGAAUCUGCUCAGAGCAAGCCACUUGGAGCUUCCUGAUUGUUCAUGCCCUG